AUGACCAACGCGCACAUCGGCAUCGCCAUUAGUCACACAAAGGCCCCACGUGCCCAAAAGCGAAGCCAAAGCCUGCAGCCUGCAGUUGGCGACGGGCUGAGUUCUCGGGACUCCCCGGAUGGAGACGCGGGCGAGGCCGGCUGCCGCCAUGGGGUUGCCGAAGGACGCGUCCAAGGACUCCAAGGACGCAGCCCCAGACGGGGCCAAGGACUUGAAGGCCGCCGUGACGCCAUCCACGGACCGCGGCCGCGACCGUGGCGCCCUGGACGUUUGGCGAACGCCGCCGUGGAGCUGGUGAACAAGGCCUCCCUGGAGGUGGCCGUCGUGGUGCUCGGCGACGGCCCGGACGACACUGCGUCGCCGCCGCUGGUGGACUUGCAGGCCGAGGCCAGCACCCCGCCGACGCGCCCCGCCACCGCGGAGCCCUCCGAGGACGACCUGGCCGUGGACGUCCGUCCGCUCAGCGCCGAGGACGACGGCGUGCAGGUCCUCAGCGAGCACAACUACCGCACCGUGCCGCUCCAAGACGCCAAGGACGACCAGGAAGUGCUGCUGACCGACGUGGAGGAGGGGAGGGCUCGGACUCGGAGCCGACGACGCCGGGGGCGGAGCUCAACAAGUCGCGCGACAUCUACAGCACCAAACGUGCCGCUGACCGUGAUCGAGCACGAGGUGGAGGACGAGGAGGUGGACGUCGAGUGGGACGAGGGCGACUCUGCGAUGAACAACCAGGACUCCGUCGCUGCCCCGGCUGUCCCCACCGCCCCCGCCGCCCCCGCCGCUCCGGCCGCCCCCGCCACCCCUGCCGCCCCCGCGCGGCCGGCCCCAGGGCGGGAGUGCCUGAUAUGCGGCGCGGCCUGCCAGGACACGGCCGGCUACCGCCUGCACAUGCUGAACCGCCACAUGCGGCCGCAGCCCUACACCUGCAUGCUGUGCUGGAAGACCUUCUCCACGGCGCGCGACCUGAUCCGCCACACGGACAGUAACUGCAAGGAGACGUUCUACAAGUGCCAGCGCUGCGACCGCGUGUGGUCCUCGGACCGCCACCACGCGGCCUGCCCGUCGUGCGCGUCGGAGGAGGACGCCGGCGCGGCCGAGAGCACGCCCUACGAGUGCGGUGAGUGCGGCGAGGCGUUCAAGCUGCUGCGCCACCUCACGGUGCACGUCAAGACCCACCCCGCCUCGGCCAAGCCCUUCAAGUGCCAGACGUGCUCGCAGCGCUUCUCGACGUGCAUCCGCCUCAUGAUCCACGCGCGCCAGCACUCGCCCUCCAAGAGGAGCAGCCCCCGGGCGCCGCCCACGCCGCGCAGCCCCCAGAACGGGCAUGGGGCCCACAGCCAGAACGGCCACCACAACGGUCACCACCACGGCCCCCACGGCGCCCACAACGGCACCCAGAACGGCGUCCACAAGCCUGGCCCCCGAUCACGCCGAGGUCGGCCCAGAGAAGAGCACCACGACGACGGGGUGUCGCAGUCGUCCCUGCGGCGAGCGUUCUCCGACCCGCAGCAGCUGUCAGGAUUCGCGGGCAGCCCGUCCAAGGGCAGCCCACCCAAGUCCGCCAUGCACCUCAACACCAUGGGCCCAACCGCCCACCAAUCCAUCGCGCUGGGCCCCGUCACCAUGACCCCUAUGGGCCCCAUGGUGCCGCUGCUCGGCUUCAACAACAGGCAGUUCAGCCACUCCACCACCUUCGAGGACUUCGCCGGCCACCCGGUGUUGCUUCCCCAGCACCACGCCCAGGGCCAGUUCCUAGUCACCAUGCAGGAGCCGGUGCACGCCGCGGAGCCGAGCGACGUCCGGGAGGACGACGAGGACACCGACAUCGCCGAAGACGAACCUGAGGAGGUUGACGAGGACAAGGACGAGGAUGACCCCUUCGACGACUCCGCCCUGUACUACGAGGACGACGCGGAGGGCGCCUCCGACGACGGCGAGUUCGACUCAGACGCCCCCCACCAGGACGACGACGAGGACAUGGAGGUCGAGGAGUCUGCCGGCCACGGCGUCGACGAGGACGAGGACGGCGAUGUGGACAUGGAGCGCGGCAGUCGGCGCGCGCCCCGUCCGGGACAGAAGUCGGACCCCCGGCAGUGGAAGCAGUUCCCCUGCCCGUCGUGCCCGAAGGUGUUCCGGUUCAGCCACCAGGUGAACGUGCACAUGCGGACGCACACGGGGGAGCGGCCCUUCGCCUGCAGGCUGUGCGACCAGAACUUCCGCCAGGCCAACAGCCUCAAGCGCCACCUGCUCCUGAACCACGGCCUCAAGGGCAGCGCGGCGGGCUACGCGUUCCGCUCCAUGCUGGCGCUCAAGCGCAAGCGCGUCAAGCGGGAGCGCUACAGCGCGCUCACGGCCUUCUUCGCCAAGCAGGGCAAGCUGAAGGGCUUCGACAAGGAGGCGGGGGCGUCCGACAGUGCCAUGGUCGUCGCGCACCACCCCGCCGGCCACCGGCCCGCCGGGAACCUCCCCGUGAGGCACCGCCCCGCCGGACGCAAAUCCCCCGGAAACCUCCCCGUCGGAAACGGAAAACUCCCCGCGGACCACCGGAAGCUGGACGCGCUGCCGGCGGUGCGGGCUUUAGAGAAGCUGCUGGGGGACAUGCCCGACCCCAUGCCCGACCCCAUGGCCGACCUCAAGGCCGAGCUCGAGGCCGAACUCGAGGCCGACCCAGAGGCCGACCCAAAGGCCGACCCUAAGGCCGACCCAAAGGCCGACCCAAAGGCCGACCCUAAGGCCGACCCAAAGGCCGACCCAAAGGCCGACCCAAAGGCCGACCCAAAGGCCGACCCAAAGGCCGACCCAAAGGCCGACCCAAAGGCUGACCCAAAGGCCGAACCCGCGGCCGAACCCACGGCUGAACCUAAGGCUGAACCUAAGGCUGAACCUAAGGCUGAACCUAAGGCUGAACCUAAGGCCAAACCUAAGGCCAACCCUAAGGCCAACCCCAAGGGUGACCCUAAGGUCGACCCCAAGGCCGACCCUAAGGCCGACCCUAAGGUCCACCCCAAGGCCGACCCCAAGCCUGAACCUAAGACCGAGCUGAAGACCAUCCUCAAGAGCAGGUUCGCCACCAUAGCCUCGGUGGGCGUCAAGAGGACGGCGACGAGGCCUGGCGCCUCGACUUCGACGCCGAGCUGAGUUCGCCGAGCUAGAGUGCCCCGCUGGCGUGGGCGUGGACUGAUUGUACGGCUGUGAUUUGCUAGUAGUAACAGGGUUUCAUUUGUUGUUGUAGAAUUAGAAUCACCAUUUCCUGUAGCCUAUGUGUGAACUUACCGUAUGUUAUGUUUCUGUUGGACAAGCGUUACCUAAUUUCUCUUGUGACUUUGUAGAUAGGGACGUGGUUGAGAAUGAUCUUUUAUUUGUCUGAUCUAGUUUAUAUUCUUUCUUAUUUAACUUUACUGUCUUGCUAAGAUUUUCUUGAUCAGCUCAUUUGAGACAAUUAAUGCGCAACAGUCAUUUUAUUUAGAGUAUGAUUGUCUAGAAUGUUGACUUAUCAGUAUUUCCGGUGUUCUGAGAGACAGAUACAAUGAUCUGCAAGAUCUAUGUUGUUUAAAAUUUUACUUGUAAUUGAUGUGACAAUAUCCAUGAGAUCUGUGCUUGAAUGUAGUUUGGGGAAUGUAUUGCAUGUCAUUUGUUUUAGGACUGACGUUUUCGGAGAGAAAUAAGAUGAAGUCUGAAAUGCAAAGGUUCGUGAUUUCUCAAUUUGCUGUACAUGUAAUUGUUGUUUUUUUUUCUCAUUCCUGCAAAUCAAUAUCUUUGAAACGAAAGCUUCCAACAGAUUUCUGGAUCAUUUCCUGUCUUCAGUUGUAUCGAAAGUAAAUUUUUUUUCCAAUUUCAUAUAUUUGCCAGUGGCCAUUUUGACCUUUUUUUGUGCGAAGUUUGAUUAUGUGUAUUGAAUUAACACUCAUAGUCCUAGACUAUGUACAUUUUGUAGUUCCAGUUCGAAAUGAAUAUCCUCAUUGCAUCUGAAUCUUAUAA